GGCAGCAAGAUGGCGGCGACGUUGAGGAGCGUGAAGGUAACCAGCAGGGCCAGCUACGGGAGCCGGGCGGGGACCAGCGCGGCAUAACGAGGGGGCAGGGUGAGACCAUUCUAUGCGGGAGGUACCACAGGAUGGGGGAUGGUUGGCCUGGUCACUGGUGGGGCCUCCGGCCUGGGUCGCGCCACCGCUGAGCGCCUGGUGCAGCAAGGAGCCAGCGCUGUGAUCGUGGACCUGCCGACUUCGGAUGGGCCCAGUGUGGCCAAAGCGCUGGGGGAACAAUGCGUCUUUGCACCAGCUGAUGUGACGUCGGAGGCGGACGUGAAGGGGGUCCUGGCCCUGGUGCGGGAGAAGUUCGGGCGCUUGGAUUUGGCUGUGAACUGCGCCGGAAUUGCCGUGGCCGUCAAGACCUACAACGCCAAGAAGGACAUGCCCCAUAGCCUGGAGGAUUUCCAGAGGGUCCUCAACGUCAAUAUUGCCGGCACCUUUAACGUGAUCCGACUGAGUGCUGGUGAGAUGGGCAGGAAUGACCCUGACUCUGAUGGGCACCGAGGAGUGAUCGUCAACACAGCCAGCGUGGCUGCUUUCGAGGGCCAGGUGGGUCAAGCUGCGUACUCGGCCUCUAAAGGGGGCAUCGUGGGCAUGACCCUGCCUAUCGCCAGGGAUCUGGCCCCUAUGGGGAUCCGUGUCGUCACCAUCGCCCCAGGUCUGUUCGCCACCCCCCUGUUGGCAGGGCUCCCCGAGAAGGUGCGGACGUUCCUGGCUCGCCAGGUGCCCUUCCCCAGUCGCCUGGGGCUGCCCGGGGAAUACGCCCACCUGGUCCAGUGCAUCGUGGAGAACCCCAUGCUGAAUGGGGAGGUGAUCCGCCUGGACGGGGCCAUCCGCCUGCAGCCCUGAGCCGCUGCCCCACGCCUGGGGGGGCGCUGAUUUCCCCUGCCCCGGCCGCCCCUGGAUGGGGGGUUGAUUCCCCCCUUCUGGGGUUCUGCCGUCCUUGGACUCUAAUCAUGGACUCCUGCAGUGAUUCGGCCCCCGCACAAUGACGACUCCUGCCCCAGUCGGCAUCUGGACCUUAAUAAACGAUUCUCGAUGUGC